UGCAUCCCGGAGAGCUUGAGAUCUUGUGCUGUGCUGUCACGUCCGUCCAUUCCCUCUAAUCCACUCUCUGUCUCUCACCGUCCACCCUCGCCAUGGCCGUCGCUCCCCGAAAAGGCGAGAACUGGGAGCUGCGGCAGCAGCUCAACUCCGAGUAUCGCGAGAAGCGCGCCGACGCCAUCAAGCGGGUCAUUGCAAACCACACAAUAGGCAAGGACUGCUCUGGCCUCUUCCCCGACGUCGUCAAGAACAUGCAAACGGACGACCUGGAGCAGAAGAAGCUCGUCUAUCUCUACCUCAUGAACUAUGCCAAGACGCAACCAGAACUUGUGAUCCUCGCCGUCAACACAUUUGUGAAGGACACUGCGGACCCCAACCCCCUCAUUCGCGCGCUGGCCAUCCGCACCAUGUCCGUGCUCAGAGCCGAGAAGAUCCUCAACUACCUUGCCUCACCCCUCUCCCGCUGUCUCAAGGACGAGAACCCCUACGUGCGAAAGACAGCAGCACUGUGCGUUGCCAAGGUGUUUGAUCUCAAGCCCGAGAUGUGCAUUGAGUACGGGUUCAUCGAGACACUUCGUGACCUGCUGGGCGACGGCAACCCGAUGGUCGUCGCGAACGCUGUUACGGCGCUUGGCGACAUCCACGAGGCGGCGCAGGAGAUGUCAGACGAGCCGAGUGACGACGAGCCCUCUGCCCGGCCGAGCAAGCAGCUGUUUGUCAUCGACCAGCCGACGCUCACCAAGCUCCUUGUCGCGCUCAACGAGUGCUCUGAGUGGGGCCGCAUCGCAAUUCUCGGCACGCUGUCGCGCUACCGCACGAGCGAUGUCGACGAGGCUGAGCACAUUUGCGAGCGCGUCAUGCCGCAAUUCCAGCACGCGAACGCCGCCGUCGUGCUCGGCGCCGUCAAGGUCAUCAUGCUGCACAUUAAGCACGUGCAGCGCGAGGACCUGCUCAAGUCGCUCUCGCGCAAGAUGGCACCGCCGCUCGUCACGCUCAUCUCCUCUGCGCCGGAGGUGCAGUGGGUCGCCCUCCGUAACAUCAACUUGCUCUUGCAGAAGAAGCCGGACGUGCUCGCCAACGAGAUGCGCGUGUUCUUCUGCAAGUACAAUGAUCCGCCGUACGUCAAGGUUGAGAAGCUCGACAUCAUGGUGCGCCUUGCGACCGAGCGCAGUGUCGACAUUCUCCUUGGUGAGCUGAAGGAGUACGCGAGCGAGGUCGACGUCGACUUUGUGCGCAAGGCUGUGCGCGCCAUCGGACAGGCCGCGAUCAAGAUUGAGAGCGCGGCCGAGCGCUGUGUUACAGUUCUCAUGGAGCUUAUUGAGACGCGCGUUAGCUACGUUGUGCAAGAGGCCGUCAUUGUCAUCAAGGACAUCUUCCGCAAGUAUCCUCACAGCUACGAGGGGAUCAUUCCCACACUGUGCGCCAACCUUGAUGAAUUGGACGAGCCCGAGGCACGCGCGAGCCUGAUCUGGAUCAUCGGCGAGUACGCUGAGAAGAUCGAGAACGCCGACGACCUCCUCUCCACCUUCCUUGAUGUGUUCAAAGAAGAGAGCUAUCCUGUCCAGCUGCAGACGCUCACGGCUAUCGUCAAGCUGUUCCUGAAAAAGCCUGACCAGUCCCAGGCCAUUGUUCAGCGCGUGCUCCAAGCCGCGACGAAGGACUCGGACAAUGCCGACGUCCGCGACCGGGCGUACAUCUACUGGCGGUUGUUGUCGUCAGAUCCUGCGGCCGCUAAAAGCGUGGUACUCGCAGUCCGGCCACCAAUCAGCCUGCCUCAAACGACUGUGCCACCAGCGAUUCUCGAGGAGCUCGUCGGUGAGAUCUCGUCGCUGUCAAGCGUGUACCACAAGCCAGCGGCGACAUUCAUUGGCAAGGGUCGUCUGGGUGUCGACGAGAUGGCGAAGAGAACGAUUGAACCUGAAGAUGAUGUCGCUCGCGAGCGCGCCCUCCAGACAGUCGUGCAGGGCCAGCAGUCUGAGAACCUUUUGGACUUUGACGCCGACGAACCCGAGACACCCACCAGCAAUCUGGCCAGCGCAGGGGUUGACAUUAUCUCGAGCCAGCAGAUUGCAACAGCGGCCAAGUCGACAAACCCGCUCGAUGAGCUCAUGGAUUUGUUCUCGACGACGAGCAUUGCCCCAGCACAGCCCACCCAGCCGUCUGGGGGCUUUGGAGGUAUGGGUGGGAUGGGGGGUAUGGCUCAGUCGAACGACUUCAGUGGCCUGGGCAGCCUCAGCGGGCUCGGAUCACCUGUCAACCCUUCUCCACCACGCUCAAACCCCACUUCGCCGCCUCCCAAGCAGCCAGCAGCAUCGAGCGGGACGCAAGACCUGCUCGACCUCUUCUAGAUGAUGUAUACAGUUAUGACUCGGG